CGACACUCUACAUCCACAACACUCGGGAGAUUUGAUGAAUACUCCCCUCCACCAACCAUGGGAUCAAAAUCUCCAGAAGAUCAUCGUCGAGGUCCCAAUGGGUCGCCAGAACAUGCCGCAAUUGCCGUUGUCAACCCACCCAAGUCAGCCGUUGCGAGCGGCCUUCUUCAAGGCAUGCUCGAAGGGCAGGGAGAAAACGGGGAUGACGACGACGACGAUGAUGAUGAUGAGGAGAACGUUGGAGCUGACGUGAAGACUACUGAUGGCGCCAAGAAGAAGAGAAAGCGCAACAAGAAGAAGAACAAGAAAGGCCCGGCUACGCAACAGUCGUUCCCGCCAAGAGUUCCUCUAACACAGCUGUUCGAUGGCCGUCCAUACCCCGAAGGCCAGAUUGUCGAGUAUCCCGCCAAAAACGACAAUCUCCAGCGCACCACAGCUGAAGAAGUCCGACACCAAGCCGCCCUGAGUAACAUGGAUGAUGAAUUCCUCUCCGACUACCGUAAGGCAGCUGAAAUCCACCGCCAAGUCCGGCACUAUGCGCAGAAGCUCGCCAAACCCGGCGUGUCCAUGACUUAUCUCGCAGAAGAGAUAGACGAAAGCGUUCGUGCACUCACUGGACACCAUGGCCUCUCGCCUGGCGACAGUCUCAAAGCCGGGCUUGCCUUUCCAACAGGCCUCUGCCUGAACCACAUCGGCGCGCACUGGACGCCCAAUGCCGGUGCAAAAGAAGUCUUUCUCCAGCACGACGACGUGCUCAAAGUGGAUUUUGGAGUCCACGUCAACGGCAGAAUCGUCGACAGUGCAUUUACCAUUGCCGCGAACCCCGUCUACGACAACCUGCUCGCGGCCGUGAAAGCCGCUACCAACACGGGACUUAAGGAAGCAGGCAUAGACGCGCGCAUCGACCACAUCAGCGCAUCGAUCCAAGAAGUAAUGGAAAGCCACGAGAUAACUCUAGCCGGCAAAACGCUGCCCAUCAAAGCCGUGCGCAACAUCACCGGCCACAACAUUCUACGCUACCGCAUCCACGGCUCCAAGCAAGUCCCUUUUGUCAAAACGAAAACUACGCAGCGCAUGGAAGAAGGCGACGUAUUUGCCAUUGAAACCUUUGGCACCACGGGCACCGCCGUCCUGCGCGAUGAUAUUGGUGUUUAUGGCUACGCCCGCAACGAGCAUGCUAACACGGCCGGCCUGCAUCAUGCAUCGGCGCAUGCGCUGCUCAGGACUAUCGACCAGAACUUCGGGACCCUCGUGUUUGCGCGCCGCCAGCUCGAACGUAUCCCGGGCGUGAAGAGUUACCAUUUAGGCAUGCGCUCGCUGGUCAAUAGCGGCAUUGUCGAUGCGUAUGCGCCGCUCGUCGAUGUCCCUGGGUCGUAUGUUGCGCAGUUUGAACAUACUGUCUUGCUGCGCCCGAAUUGCAAGGAAGUUGUAUCGCGUGGCGAUGACUACUAAGCACGCUUUGGGGAAUAUGAGUGUUAUGCGUUGCUGAGAAGGAUCAACAGGAUACUUUUAUCUAUGCACCUUUUUGUUCAACACCAAGGGUCACGCGUGGAUAAGGAUACUUCAACAUAUCUUUAGAUGAUGCGUUUAGUCUUAUAAAAUUACACAUGC